AUGCAAUUCAAGUUAUUAUCAGCUUUAGUAGCAGGGCUUGCUACUGCCAACGCAAUUGGAGACCUUGCAUUCAACUUGGGUGUCAAGGACAACAACGGAAACUGUAAAACUGUUGACGAAUUCAAGUCCGACUUGGAAGUAAUCAAGGGAUCAUCAUCCAUCAUCAAAACCUAUGCUGUAUCCGACUGUAACACUUUACAAAACUUGGGUCCAGCAGCUGAAGCUGAAGGUUUCCAAAUCAUGUUGGGUAUCUGGCCAAAUGAUGAUGCACAUUUCGAAGAAGAAAAACAAGCAUUGCAACAAUACUUGACUCAAAUUUCAACCUCCACCAUCAAAAUUUUCCUUGUUGGUUCAGAAGCUCUUUAUAGGGAAGACUUGACUGCUGAUCAAUUGUCUGAAAAAAUCAAUGAAAUCAAGGAUCUUGUCAAGAACAUCAAAGACAAGGAUGGAAACUCAUACUCGGGUAUCCCAGUUGGUACUGUUGACUCUUGGAAUGUCUUGGUUGAUGGUGGAUCUAAACCAGCAAUUGAAACUGCUGAUGUUGUUUACGCCAAUGCUUUUUCAUACUGGCAAGGACAAACCAACCAAAAUGCUUCAUACUCCUUCUUUGAUGACAUCAUGCAAGCCUUACAAACCAUCCAAACCGUUAAAGGAUCAACUGAUAUUGAAUUCUGGGUUGGUGAAACUGGAUGGCCAACUGAUGGAUCAAACUUUGAAAGCUCUCAACCAGGUGUUGAAAAUGCCAAAAACUUUUGGCAAAAUGCCAUUUGUGCCAUGAGGGGCUGGGGUGUCAAUGUUGCUGUAUUUGAAGCUAUUGAUGAAGCUUGGAAACCAGACACUUCUGGUAUUUCAGAUGUUGAAAAGCAUUGGGGUGUUUGGGAUGCCAACUACAAAUUGAAAUACAACAUCAACUGUGAUUUCGAUUAA